AUGACGAUUGAGGAUAUUCUAGAUGAGACAGGCGGCUUCGGCAGAUUCCAGUUGCUCAUUAUCGUGUGCAUCUGUUUAAAUAGAUUCACAAUAGGAUGGAGUAUGUUACAGAUGUCAUACGACGGUCUGGUGCCUCAAUGGUUUUGCGUGAGUUCCAACACCUCUGGAGCAGAGGAACAGCUUGCCAGUUCUUGUUACAUUAACGAUAGCAGUACUUCUCCAAGCAGCGAUGUCCAGCCCUGCAGCAGUUUCCAGUUUGACGAGUCGCCUCUGACAAUAAUCAACCAGUGGAACCUGGUUUGCGGACUAAGCUGGGUGAAACCAACAGUUGCCUCAAUUCAAAUGAUAGGAGUCCUAGCUGGAGUCAUUGUGUCAGGAUUCCUGUCCGACUGCAUCGGGAGAAAGAAAACCAUGUAUCUCUUUGUGCUAGAACACGCAGCUCUCAAUUUGAUUACUGCCUUUUCUGUGAACUGGGAGAUGUUUAUUGUAUGCCGAUUCUUUAUCGGCCUGGGUAUUGGAGUGAUUCUCGUGUCCAGUUUUCCAUACCCAAUGGAGUUUCUACCAAUCAAAUGGAGACCCAUAGUGUCUUCACUUCCGAUUUGGCCAUUGGGGAUCAUGGUCUUUGCCCUGGCAGGAUGGCUGCUGGAAAACUGGUCACAUUUGCAUAUCGCCUGUGGGAUUCUGUCUAUCCCUGGGCUUAUCGGAUAUUUUUAUGUGCCAGAGAGCUUACGGUGGCUGGCCGUUCAUGAUAAUAUGAAAGAAGCCCAGAACGUGGUGGCUAAAAUUGCAGUAGCCAAUCGCAAGUUUCAGUUUCGUAAGGCCUCCAUCAUGUUGCAGACAAUGGCCUGGGAAGAACAGAAGGCUCAAGAAAAUAGGAAGAAAAGCAAGCAGGUGAAUGUUUUCAAGGAUUGGCAGACGGUUGAAGUGACACUGAUGGUCUCCUACCACUGGUUUUCCUUGUCUAUCGUGUAUUUCGGCCUGUUCUUCAGUGCGCCCAGCCUUGCCGGCAACAUCAACUUGAACAUAUUUCUCCUAGCAGUGAUGGAGUUGCCUUCUAUACUCGUCACCUUCUUUUCCAACAACAGGGCAGGUCGUAAGUGGCCGUCGGUUGUGGCUUUCUCUGUUGCUUGUCUGGCUGCAGUCGGCUGUGUUCUUACCGAAUACUUGGAUCAUGACUACUCCAAAGCUGCCAUAGUAACCGGUCUUUGCCUUACAACUAAAUUAUGCAUUGGGGCUGCCUGGGCCAUCGGGGAGGCCUGGGCAAACGAGCUGUACCAGCCGCAGGCAAGGGUUUAUGGACUGGGAGCUGCCAACAUAGCUGCACGAGUGGGAGCAGUGAUCGCGCCAUUUGUAAUAGACUUGGAGAACCGAGCCAGGGCAUCGUUCGUUGUGAUGAGUUGUCUGCUAGCCGUCGAUAUUGUCCUGUGUGUUCUGACACGGGAAACUAAACAAGUCAACACUGCUGCAUCUUCUGUCAGUAUUGUCGUUGCUAGAAAGCAGCAGGAUCAGCAGACACACAGUGUCGACAUGAACAAUGAGCAUGGUCUUGGAAAUGAGAGCUCCACCGAUGAUCCUAACGCCAGCAAGAAGCAUUCUGCAUUAGAAGCUAGAGACUCAGUCCUUGAUACAAUAGACGAAGAGACUACGAGCAAUGAGUCCGACCAGACAGCUGCAGAAACCUCAAGUCACGACAAUGCUGUUGUUGAAACUGGCGAUGUUGCUCUAACAAUAGAAAUGACAGAUGAUUCAGUAGCAACUACUGCUUUAGAAAAAACCAAGACAGAUGUUAGUAAAGAUAAAUUUCCUAAGAAAGAUAAGAAAAGGGACGCCAAGAAUAAAAAAGCUGCUAAAAAAGCUGCUACAGAAACAGACAGUCCGGUACCAAAGCCAAGAAAAAAUAAGUUGGAGAAAGUUAAAAAUGCGGAAUUCCUUACUGCGAAGUCAAAAUCAAAAGUGAAAGAUGACUCCCCGCCAUACAUUGAGUCUAAAUAUCACAAAAAUAUCAGGUAUUCAAUAUACUAA